CGUGAAGAAGGGCAGCUCGGUGUUGUCCAGGUCGUCCUGCACAGCAACGCGCCCGGGCAGCUCGGUCCGUACGAAGAGCAGCAGCCGCGAGUCCGCGGGAGGCGACGAGCCCGGUGAGGCGGCGGCAGCAGCAGCAGCAGCCGAGGAAGACGACGACGAAGAGGAAGAAUCGGCAGCCGGGGCCGCCGCUGCCGAGGAUGAACCGACCGGGGGGCUCCUGCUCCCGCCGCCGCCGCUGCUCCAGGCGACGUCGCUCUCCCUCAGCACCGGCAGAGUAGACACCGUCACCGUCUUCUCCCGACACGGGCUGCCGCCGCCAGCUCCGCCGCUCCUCCCGCCGGCUCCGCCAGCUCCUCCGCCCGGUUCUACUCUCCCGGCCGCCCCCGCCGAAGGGCCCGGCCCGCUGGUCAGCAGGAGCAGCAGCGGCAGUAGCGGCGGAGGCGACGAAGAGAAGGAAGCCGAGGCGGCGGGCGCAGCGGCGGCCGCCGAUGGGGAAGAGCAAGCGGCGGGCAGGAACAGGAGGAGGCGGCGGCGGCGGAGCAGCAAGGGGCGAGGGGCUGCCAUGCCCGAGCGGAGAGGGGCGCGGGGCGCGCGAGGAGGUGGCUCGGACCCGGGGAGCGAGAGGGAGCAAGGGAGCGAGAGAGAAGGAGCGAGAGAGAGCAGGAGGACGUCGCAGCAGCAGCAGCAGCAGCAGCAGCAGCAGCCGACGCGAGCGACUCGCCUGCCGGGCACAGCCUGCCUCGCCUGCCUCCUCCCCGCCCUUGCUCCGCCCCCGACUCAGCCGCCCCCCAGCUCGGCAGCCGCCGCCGCCGCUGCUUUGGCUCCGCCUUGCGCGCUGGCUCUGGUUCUGGCCGCUGCCGCCGCUUCGCAAGCGACCUGCUUCCAAAAUCAAA